AUGUCAAAUUAAGAUAUCAAUGAGCUUCCAACUUUAAAAGUUAAUGUGCCAUCAUUCCUUUUAAAAACAUAUGAAAUUCUAGAAAAUUCGUCGCUCUCUCACAUCAUUGGCUGGAAUCAAGAAGGCAAUGCGUUCAUCGUAUUCAAUACCAAUGAAUUAGCUUCCAAAGUACUCGCCAAUUACUUCAAGCACAAAAAUUACCCAAGCUUUUUGAGAUAGUUGAAUAUGUAUAACUUUAAGAAAACUAAAAACCAAUAUGGAUAGAGCGAAUUCAGACAUAAGUGGUUUAGACGAGGUCUCAAGUAUGAAAUCUGCGCUAUUCCUUUUAAUAGAAGUAUGCUCCAGUACAUUCGUAGAAGAAAUUAAGAAGAAUCUGAGCAGAAAAUGGAAACAAAGGACAACAAUUAAGAACUUGACAACUAUAAAAGAGAACACGAGGAGAUGAGGCUAUUGGUGAGAGAUAUUUAAAAUACUUAAUCAAAAAUGCAAGCUGACUUUGUGGCUUCUGCUGAAUCAAAUGCCACUGUCAGAAGUUCAAAUAACUCAAUUCAAUAAGUAAUGAGAAUCAUCGAUAAUUAAAGUGUUUAAAUCAAAUGCAACAACAGUUCAAUAAAAAAUUUGAUACAAUAUCCAUUCUUCUGGCAAAAAUAGUUUCAAAUCUCCCCCAAAUUUGUAACGAAUUUCAUUAAUCCUCCCAUUAUAGCCAUUUAGAUUGGAGAUAUUCUCAAAAAUUCUUAUGAAGAGCCCUCUCCUGGUAGAUCCGAAUCAAAUUACAUCGUUCCUUAUAACGAAAACAACCAAUACAAUACAAUGGGGUCACCCUACUCACAUUAUUAGUAUAAUAGUCCAAUUCAUUAUCUUUUCGCUAGAUAGAAUUAAUAUUUCUGCUUUUAGUUUGAUCCUAAUGUUUUUUCAUACAAUCGCCAACACCAGCAAUAAUAAUUGGCUUUACCUGCUCCGAAUAUAAAUUCCUAUUUACCCAGCAACAAUUACUCCUUGUAGUCAAGUGCUCAGAAUUCCCCCUAUAGAAUAGCUAGUCCAUCUCAUACAUCCACAACAGAUUCUAAAGAUCCAGAAAAAUUUAGUCUCUAUUAACCUGCAUGA